CUCCGGGCCCGGCAGCCGCGCUUGGCGGCGGCGCCCCCCCUCCCCGGCCGCCCGUCCGGCCGCCCCGGCCUCGGCUCCGCGGGGGACACCAUGUACUGGCUGGCGGCGCAGGGAGGCCGGCGCCCGGCGGGGAUGUUGGGUUAACGGCAUGGAGAACAGUCACCCCCACCACCACCAUCACCAGCAGCCCCCGCCGCAGCCCGGCCCUUCGGGCGAGAGGAGGAACCACCAUUGGAGAAGUUACAAGUUGAUGAUUGACCCGGCUCUGAAAAAGGGGCACCAUAAACUGUACCGCUAUGAUGGGCAGCAUUUCAGCCUGGCGAUGUCCAGCAACCGCCCGGUGGAAAUUGUCGAAGAUCCCCGGGUCGUCGGGAUCUGGACCAAAAACAAGGAGCUGGAGCUCUCGGUGCCCAAAUUCAAGAUCGAUGAGUUCUACGUGGGCCCAGUGCCUCCGAAGCAGGUGACAUUUGCCAAGCUGAAUGAUAACAUCCGCGAAAACUUCCUGAGGGACAUGUGCAAGAAGUAUGGGGAGGUGGAGGAGGUGGAGAUUUUGUACAACCCCAAGACCAAGAAGCACCUGGGCAUUGCCAAGGUGGUCUUUGCCACGGUAAGGGGCGCCAAGGAGGCCGUCCAGCACCUGCACAGCACAUCGGUCAUGGGCAACAUAAUCCACGUGGAGCUGGACACCAAAGGGGAGACCCGCAUGCGCUUCUAUGAAUUGCUGGUCACCGGCCGAUACACCCCCCAGACCCUCCCGGUGGGUGAACUGGACGCCAUCUCUCCAAUUGUGAAUGAGACCCUGCAGCUGUCGGACGCCCUCAAGCGCCUCAAGGAUGGCAGUCUGUCUGCAGGCUGUGGCUCUGGCUCCUCCUCAGUCACCCCCAACAGCGGUGGGACACCUUUCUCCCAGGACACAGCCUAUUCCAGCUGCCGUCUGGACACACCCAACUCCUACGGACAGGGCACCCCGCUCACACCGCGCCUGGGCACCCCCUUCUCGCAAGACUCCAGCUACUCCAGCCGCCAGCCCACGCCCUCCUACCUCUUCAGCCAAGACCCAGCCGCCCCCUUCAAGGCUCGGCGCCAUGAAAGCAAGUUCACGGACGCAUACAACCGCCGCCACGAGCACCACUAUGUCCACAACUCUGCAGUGGCUGCCGUGGCCGGGGCCACAGCCACCUUCCGAGGCUCCUCGGACCUCCCGUUUGGGCCAUUGGGAAGCACCGGAGGCAGCAGCGGCCCUGCCUUCAAGGCCCAGCCUCAGGACUCGGUCACCUUCGCCCACACUCCACCACCCGCCCAGGGGGCUCCCACACCCACCUUCAAGUCAGCUUUCUCCCCAUACCAGACCUCAGCGCCCCCGUUCCCACCUCCCCCAGAGGAGUCUGCAGCAGCUGCCGCAGCUUUUGGGGCCCGGGACAGCACGGACUUCCGCAGGGCACCAGCACCCCCGCCGCUGCCACCCGCCGAGCCCCUGGCCAAGGAGAAGCCGGGCACCCCACCUGGGCCACCACCCCCUGACACCAACAGCAUGGAGCUGGGGGGCCAGCCAACCUUCGGCUGGAGUCCGGAGCCCUGUGACAGCCCGGGGACCCCCACGCUGGAGUCGUCACCUGCCGGCCCGGAGAAACCCCACGACAGCCUGGACUCACGCAUCGAGAUGCUCCUGAAGGAACAGCGCACCAAGCUGCCCUUCCUGCGGGAGCAGGACUCGGAUACCGAGCUGCAGAUGGAAGGCAGCCCCAUCUCCUCCUCCUCCUCCCAGCUUUCCCCACUCGCCCCCUUUGGCGCCAACUCCCAGCCAGGCUUCCGUGGCCCCUCGCCAUCCUCCUCACCGCCCUCCAGCACGGGCCUGGAGGACAUCAGCCCGACCCCACUGCCCGACUCGGAUGAGGACGAUGAGCUGGACCUAGGCCUGGGGCCUCGACCCCCACCUGAGCCCGGCCCCCCGGACCCUUCUGGGCUUACAGCUGAUGUGACCUUGGACUUGGGUGGAGAUAGGACCCCAACUUCAGAAAAGAUGGAUGAGGGCCACCAGUCCUCAGGAGAGGACAUGGAGAUCUCGGAUGAUGAGAUGCCCUCGGCCCCCAUCGCCAGCGCCGACUGCCCCAAGCCCAUGGUGGUGACCCCAGGGGCGGCGGCUGUGGCAGCCCCUAAUGUGCUGGCCCCAAGCCUGCCACUGCCCCCGCCACCUGGCUUCCCACCGCUGCCGCCGCCACCACCCCCACCGCAACCCGGCUUCCCCAUGCCACCUCCACUGCCACCACCCCCUCCCCCUCCCCCACCCCCAGCCCACCCCGCCGUGGCAGUGCCCCCACCGCCUCUGCCGGCGCCACCCCCCGGGGUCCCUCCCCCACCCAUCUUGCCCCCGCUGCCGCCCUUCCCACCUGGACUUUUCCCUGUGAUGCAGGUGGACAUGAGCCACGUGCUGGGCGGCCAGUGGGGUGGGAUGCCCAUGUCCUUCCAGAUGCAGACGCAGAUGCUGAGCCGGCUGAUGACCGGCCAGGGCGCCUGUCCCUACCCACCCUUCAUGGCCGCUGCGGCUGCUGCCGCCUCUGCCGGGCUGCAGUUUGUCAACCUGCCGCCCUACCGUGGCCCCUUCUCCCUGGGCAACAGCGGCCCCAGCCGUGGGCAGCACUGGCCACCCCUGCCCAAGUUUGACCCGUCGGUGCCACCUCCGGGCUACGUGCCCCGCCAGGAAGACCCGCACAAGGCCACAGUGGACGGUGUCCUGCUGGUGGUGCUCAAGGAGCUCAAAGCCAUCAUGAAGCGGGACCUGAACCGCAAGAUGGUGGAGGUGGUGGCCUUCCGGGCCUUUGACGAGUGGUGGGACAAAAAGGAGCGGAUGGCCAAGGCCUCACUGACCCCCGUGAAGUCAGGGGAGCACAAGGAUGAGGACAGGCCGAAGCCCAAAGACCGGAUUGCCUCGUGCCUGCUGGAGUCGUGGGGCAAGGGCGAGGGCCUGGGCUACGAGGGCCUGGGGCUGGGCAUCGGGCUGCGCGGCGCCAUCCGCCUGCCCUCCUUCAAGGUCAAGAGGAAGGAGCCGCCGGACUCGGCCUCGUCUGGGGACCAGAAGCGGCUGCGGCCCUCCACCUCGGUGGACGAGGAGGAUGAAGAGUCCGAGCGGGAACGGGAGCGCGACCCGGCCGACGCCCCCUGCGAGCUGGCCAAGCGGGACCCCAAGGGCGUGGGCGUGCGCCGGCGGCCGGCACGGCCCCUGGAGCUGGACAGCGGCGGGGAGGAGGACGAGAAGGAGUCCUUGUCAGUGUCCUCGUCCUCCUCGGCGUCCUCGACCUCGGGGUCCUCGACCUCCUCACCCUCAUCCUCGGCGUCUGACAAGGAGGAGGAGCGAGAGAGCACGGAGGAGGAGGAGGAGGAAGCGGAGGAGGAAGCGGAGGAGGGGGCGCAGGGCGAGCGAGACCCCAGGAGCCGGGUCUCGUCCUCCUCAUCGACGUCAUCCACGUCGGAGAAGGGUGACGAUGAAGACAGUGAUGACCAGGAAGAGUCCGACAAUGAUGACGACACGGCUGCACUGUCGGAGGCGAGUGAGAAAGACGAAGGGGACUCGGAAGGAGAGGAGACCGUGAGCAUCACGAUGUCCAAGGCCGGCGUCCAGUCGUCCAGCGAGAGCUCCGAGUCUUCGGAGUUUGAGUCCAGCUCCGAGUCCUCAUCCGAGUCCUCCUCUUCGGAGGAUGAAGAGGAGAUGGCAGCGGAGGAGGAAGAGGAGGAGGAAGAAGAGGAGGAGGAAGAGGUGGCAGCAGCGGUGGCAGCAGUGGCAGAGGACACCUUGCCUCCUGCAGGGGCUGAGGACGCUGAGCCGGGCAGGGAGGAGGUGACACUGGCCCCAGGGACACCUGCGGUGGAGCCGCUGGCCCCAGAAGCAGAGGUGGACAUUGAGGCUGAGGACAGAGCCCCUGGCGAGCAGACCCCCGACCUGGAGGAGCCCCCUGUGCCUGUGGCUGCUGAGGAGCCAGUGGGGCUCAAGGAGCCCCCCGAAGAGCUGAGCCCAAACCAGGAAGCAUCCAUGACGAUGUCACCAGCGCCCCCUGCCGAGGAGGUGGAAGCACCACUCCCCACAUCCCCAGAACGAGCUCCAGAGCAAGACGUGGAAGUGGAAACCGAGCCCCCUCCAAUGCCAUCCCUGCCCGUACAUCCACCCCUGCCACCACCCCGGCCCCCUCGCCCACCCAGCCCACCCCCAGAGCCCGAGACCCCGGAGCCCCCGCCCCCUCCUGUGCCUCUGGAGCGCCCUCCCGAGGACCAGCCCCCUCGGACUCCAGGCCUCUGUGGCAGCCUGGCCAAGUCACAGAGCACAGAGACAGUGCCAGCCACUCCCAGCGGGGAGGCCCCACUCUCGGGGGGGAGCAGCAACCUGUCCCUGAGUUCCCCACAGGUGCCUGGCAGCCCUUUCUCCUACCCGUCCCAGUCCCCCAGCUUGGGCAGCGGGGGGCUCCCGCGGACACCGGGCAGGGACUUCAGCUUCACGCCCACCUUCCCUGAAUCCAGCGGGCCCCUGUUGCUCCCUGUGUGUCCCCUUCCUGCCGGCCGGCGUGACGAGCGCCCUGGCCCCCUGGCCUCCCCGGUGCUCCUGGACACAGGCCUUCCUCUCCCACUGCCCCUGCCCCUGCCUCUGCCCCUGGCAUUGCCUGUCCCAGUCCUGAGGGCACAGGCUCGGGCGCCUGGGCAGCUGCCACCCCUGCUCCCUGCCCCUCUUGCCCCCUGCCCGCCCCCCAUCAAGAGGAAACCGGGCAGGCCCCGGAGGUCCCCACCGUCAAUGCUGUCCCUGGAUGGACCCCUGGUCCGACCGCCUGCAGGGGUGACCCUCGGGAGGGAUCUCCUGCUCCUGCCAGGCCAGCCACAGACCCCCAUCUUCCCCAGCACCCAUGACCCCCGGGCUGUGACUCUGGACUUCCGGAACGCGGGGAUCCCGGCCCCCCCACCGCCCCUGCCCCCCCAGCCACCUCCCCCCCCACCUCCGCCCCCCAUCGAGCCCGCCAAGCUGCCCUUCAAGGAACUGGACAACCAGUGGCCUUCUGAGGCCAUCCCUCCAGGCCCUCGUGGGCGGGACGAAGUCACCGAGGAGUACAUGGAGCUGGCCAAAGCACGAGGCCCAUGGCGCCGGCCCCCAAAGAAACGCCACGAGGACCUAGUAGCUCCCUCAGCCUCCCCAGAGCUCUCACCACCCCAACCUCUCUUCCGGCCUCGCUCGGAGUUCGAGGAGAUGACCAUUCUGUAUGAUAUCUGGAAUGGCGGCAUCGACGAGGAGGACAUCCGCUUCCUGUGUGUCACCUAUGAGCGGCUGCUGCAGCAGGACAACGGCAUGGACUGGCUCAACGACACACUCUGGGUCUACCACCCCUCCACCAGCCUGUCUUCUGCUAAGAAAAAGAAGCGGGACGAUGGCAUCCGCGAGCAUGUGACAGGCUGCGCCCGCAGUGAGGGCUUCUACACCAUCGACAAGAAGGACAAGCUCAGAUACCUCAACAGCAGCCGCGCUAGCACCGACGAGCCCCCCACAGACACCCAGGGCAUGAGCAUCCCUGCGCAGCCCCACGCCUCCACCCGGGCUGGCUCGGAGCGGCGGUCGGAGCAGCGCCGCCUGCUGUCCUCCUUCACUGGCAGCUGUGACAGCGACCUGCUCAAGUUCAACCAGCUCAAGUUCCGGAAGAAGAAGCUGAAAUUCUGCAAGAGCCACAUCCACGACUGGGGCCUGUUCGCCAUGGAGCCCAUUGCGGCCGACGAGAUGGUCAUCGAGUACGUGGGCCAGAACAUCCGCCAGGUAAUUGCGGACAUGCGGGAGAAAAGGUACGAGGACGAGGGCAUCGGCAGCAGCUACAUGUUCCGGGUUGACCACGACACCAUCAUCGAUGCCACCAAGUGCGGCAACUUCGCCCGCUUCAUCAACCACAGCUGCAAUCCCAACUGUUACGCCAAGGUCAUCACGGUGGAGUCGCAGAAGAAGAUCGUCAUCUACUCGAAGCAGCACAUCAGUGUCAAUGAGGAGAUAACCUACGACUACAAGUUCCCCAUCGAGGACGUGAAGAUCCCCUGCCUCUGUGGCUCUGAGAACUGCCGGGGGACCCUCAACUAGGCCUGUGGUGCCAACCACGCCCCCCAUUUCAGGUGCUGUCCCUUGUCCCUUGGCCUCAGCAGGGCUUGGCGCCCCAACACUACCCAGGCCCGGCCCGCAGCUCCCGCCUGGCCGCGGAAAGGGCUUCUGUCUCUCACCUGUGUCUCUUUCAUUUAAAAAAAAAAAAUGCUCCUUACAGGAUCUCGUUCAGCUCUGAUACCAACCCGUCUCUGUCCACCCCGCCCGUGUCCCCUGCACCCUCCCUCCAUGUCCUGCAGUCCCUUCCGCCCUCACCGCCAGCGCCGGUCUCUUCUGUGGAUGCUGCUAUGUCUGUGUGUCCUCCUCCUUCCCCUGCCCAUCUAAGAAAAGACAUUUUAACCGUUGAAAUGUGAAGGCAGAAUGAGAGGGGCUCAGUGGGGCGGCGGAGGCCUCACGUGGCCCUGUGUCCCAUCGGUGCGACCCAGGACGUCCCGAGAGGCCUCUGUGCCCCUGGACACCCCGAGCCGAGGCCCACUCCUCAGCGGCCAGAUUGCGCCACCCUGCCCGCCCCCAAAUUCUUGGGUUCGAUGUUUACUUUCUCAUUCAGAUGCCAGCAACGAGGGAGCCCAGUGCAGGCAGAGCGCAGGACAGCGGUCUCCGGCCUCUGCUGCCCUCACCGGCCAGGCCAAGGGGCUCCCGGGCAGGCGGGUCCCCCAGCCCCGCCAUACGGGUUGCCUGAACCCACGUGUGUGUGGCAUUUCUGUUGAUAAGCUUUCCGCUCACCCCACGGCUGUGGCCCCCUCUCCCAGCUCUGCUAGAGCAUAUUUAUUUUCGGAGUGAGCAUUUUGUUUCUCCCAGAGAAAGGAAAAUCUUGCGAAAGAUUUUAAAACUCAGAUCUUCUACGUCUUUUGACAGCUUCCCCCUCCCUCACCCUUUCUCCCUCUUCCCCCCACCCCUCCUUUUCAGGGUUUAUUUCCAUGAAUUUUUUUUUGUGCGUGUAUAAAAUCAAAACGAAGGGAAAAAAAUAGGUUUUUGAAGUUCAGAACCAACUUCUGUAUAUAGACUGCCAUAAAGGACUUUUUCUUGGGAACAUUGUUUCUUGUAGAAACAUGUGGGAAGACUUUUUUGCUCAUUUCUUUGUACUUCCAAAAAAAAAAAAAAAAAAAAAACCCACAAAAAAUAAAAAAAAAAAGACACACAAAAGCAAGUCCCCAGUCCCCCGAAAGCAGAGCCGGCGUGUACAUCAUUCCGGACCGGCCACGGGUCCCCACCGAGAUGCGUCUGAGCCCGCUCUGCAGACGGCUGGCGGCCGCCUCUGGUAUCUCAGCUUGUGUCAAGCUUGUUAUCAUGUAAAUUCUGUACAAAGAAUUGUUAUUUUUUCCUUUUCUCUUUUUUUUUUGUCGUUGGUGGUUUUGUUGUGUUUUUUUUUUUUAAUUUCUUCUCCCCAGGCCCUCUCUGUGUGCGACUGUGCCCACGGGUUUCCAAAGGUCUGGGAAAUCAGUGGCCUUAACACAGAGACGGGUUUACCUGGGCCCAGCGGCGACCUUCUCUUCCGAUGCAGUUUUCCGCCUAAUUGUGCAACUGAGGAAAUAUUUAUUUUUUACACGUGGAAAUGGUGUGGCUUGUAGAGACGGCUGACUUAAGUUACUUAUGCAACCCCCAAGGGGCUGUCUUCAUGCUAUCCCCCCGUUAAACAAGUGGGAGAGACCAGGGGAACCCACUGGAACCCUGGCCUGGCCGCAGCCCGGGUCGCCCGGCGGCCGUGUGCCUGCAGAGGCCGGCCCCUCUCCCCAAGUCCCCGGGUGACUCCGGAAUGGUUUGCAAUAAUCCACGUUAUGUGUUGGCCCAUUUCCCCCUGCGUUGAACAAAUCUCUACUUUUGAAGUGUAGGGGGAGGGUUCUGCUUUUUUUUUUUUUCCUUUUUUUUUUCCUCUCCCUCUGCAAAGAAGAGAACAGAUAAACUUUAGGGCUGUUUGUACAUAGACUCUGCCAUCCAUAUGUCACUUGUUUUGAAGAGAAGUGUUUCCCUUGUGGGUGUGUCUUGCUGUAAAUAUUUGUUCAUAUUUUUGUGAAUUCAAUACUAUGUACCAUUGUAUUAUAGUAACUUUUAUAAAGCAAACCAUAAAUAUACUGACUUUUCUUACAGAGA